UGUGUGCGUCUGUAUGUGUGUGUUCACAGGAGCCAAAGGCAGUGGAAAGACAGAGUGGGAGCCACAGGGUGAGGAAGACAGCGACGAAGAAGGAGUAACAGAGGUUUGUGUGGGAUCUCUGCUCGUUGACUCUCCACAGCCACCAGGAUGAAUAAGAAAAAGGACAAGGAGAACACGCUCAAGAUCUCGGGCAAGAUCAGCAAAUCCCAGGCCAGCAGCUUGGCUUUUCUGAUCUCCCAAAUGCAACAGAAUGCUGACCAGGUGGAGAAAGACAUCCUCCGGUCCGAAGAGUUGCUGGCUGUGGAUGAUAAAAAUGAGAAACAGGAGCUCCCCUUACAACACCAGCAGGAGAUCUCCGACAAGCUGGGCGAGGCGGAGGGUCUGCUCAAAGACCUCUUCCUGGAUCUGGACAAAGCCAAGAAGCUCAAACACCCACAGGCCAAAGAGAUAGAGGGCGAUGUCAUCCUCCUCCAUGAGCGCUGGUUGAAGGACUGUGCCUUCUACAGAGACAUCUACGAGCAGAUCGACGACGUGUCGCUGAUGCCCAUCAUCAACUGGGACCCGGUUUUCAGCCAGAAGCAGAAACAGCUGAACACAGAGGAGUACGGCCCCACCUUGGCAGACCUGGAGAGGCAGGUCGCAGCUCACAACAUCCUGCACAAAGAGGUGGAGGCCUACAGCUCACAGCUCUGCGUCAGCUCAGCCGGCAGCAAGGAGAAAUACACAGCCUUGAAGAAACAGUACAACAAUAUCCUGGAGAACUCCAAGUGGCGUCGCCACUACUUGUCCAGCUUGCAUGAGUACAUGCAGGGAUGCAACAAGGAACUGGCUUUUCUGGAAGAAGAGCAGAAUAAGAUCAAGAAGCAGGACUGGAGUGACCACAUAGUAGAUCCACCCGACAUCCGCAGGCAGUAUGAGAACUUCAAGAACAACAGCCUGUUGUCACAUGAGAGUGAAGUGAACAAACUUCAGGAUGAAGGAGACAGACUCAUAGAACUGAAACAUCCUGCCAGUUCGACAAUACAGGCUCAGAGAGACGCAGUGCGAAGUGAGUGGCAGCAAUUCCUCAACUUGUGCAUCUGUCAAGAAACACAUCUGGGCAAUGUGGAGGACUACAAGAAGUACCAAAUGGACACUGACCAGCUGUCAGAGACACUGACCAAACUCAACAACAGCAUCAAUCCCAAGUCUCUGAGCAAACAGAGCAACAUAGAGACACUGCUGCAGCUUGAGGCUGAGGAGAAGGCAGUGCAGAACUGUGACCAGAUGCUGGCUGAACUCAGGAAGCGCAGCACCACCAUACCUCCUCUAAAGCUCCGUCGCACCAACCCAAACCGACCAGUCACAGUGGAGUCGCUGUGUGACUGGGAGACAGACAGGCACGACCUUUCAAGAGGAGAGAAGUGUUCCCUGAAAUCGAACUCAGACAGUGAGAACUGGGAGGUCAUCUCUGCUGAUGGAAUGACAAAAACCUUCCCAGGAGUUUGCUUCCAGAUCCCACCACCAGAUACAGAGGCCAUAGACAAAGUGGACCUGUUGGGUAGUGAGCUGGCAGACCUCAAGAAGAGAAGAGCGGCUCUGGCAGAGUCACUGAAGAAUCACAAAUCAGAUGUUUCCAGGAUGCAACAAUCAGCCCCGGUGUCGUCUGCUCCACUGGAUCCCAAAGCAGUCGCCCUGGCAGAUCAGCUGAAAAAGCUCGACGGUGACCUAGCCAAAGCUGAGGAGGACAUGCUGAGGCGCCUGCGAACUCCAGUGAACCGCACUGACCCAGCUGGAGAUCUGGCCAAGAGGCUGAAGGAACAGGAGGAAGCUGCCAAAGCACUAAAGGCUCUGGAGCAGCAGAAACUGUCGGCUGAAGCCGACCUGCAGCCACUGCUGUCCAAAGACGGUGCCUCCUCUGCUCUGCCAUUACAACUCAGUGCUGCAAACAACAAGCACGACGGUAUCGCUGCACUCGCUGACCUCUUUGCCAAAAAAGCAAAUGCAUCACUAAACCUGGAGAACCAGAUUAAGAAGGUGGAUGGCAUUCUCUCUGGGUUUGAGAAGGACCUGAGUUCAGAUGGUCCAAUACCUGAUGAGCCAAAUGCAAUUCAAGCCCGUGCUCAAGAGAUUCAGCGCCAGCAAAAGUCUGUCAUAGUGGCUCAGGAUGACAUGAAAAAGCUGAGUCAGGAUCUGGAGGCCACAGAACAGCUGUGCAGUUCUCUGCAGCAGGGUUACCAGGAAUACUGCCCUGACAUCCAGCGCCAGAGGUCCGAUGUCAAGCAGCUACAGACCCGAUACGCAAACGUCGCCAACCAGCUGAAGGACAGAGAAAACAUCUUGCAAGAUGCUGCAAACAAAAACCAGGAAUUCCAAAGCAGCUGCAAAUCCUUGAAUUCCUUCCUGAACAACCUGCCAACAAAUCAGAUAAAUCCAAAUGAUGAUCUGUCCCAGAUCACUGCAAAGAAGAGCUCCCAGGAGAGGGUGGUGGAUGACCUGAAGCGAAAGGGAGAUGAGAUGGACAGAGUGACUGACCUAUCUCAGAAUCUGCAGUUGUUGCUCAAUGACUAUGAAACCAACGUUGAAAGAUACAACAGCAUACUUGAGGAUACUGGUACUAAUGUUGCAAAGAAACCUUCAGUGCCCACACUUUCUGAUGCUGUUCAAAAACAGGAAAAAGAUCUUGUUAAACUGUAUGCUGAAGCCACAACUGAAAAUGCACAACGGCAAAAACAAAUGGACUUAGCCCAGAAUUUGAUUUUACAAAAUGAAGAAAAAGUUCAGAUGGUGGCACAGCAACAAGUGCACCUUGAAAACCAGCAAAGGACUGCUGUAGAAUUAGACAGUCUGUUGAAAGAGCUGGAUGAAGAGAAGGAGAGAACAAGUCACGCUGAAAAUGACUUGAGAGUCUUCAAAGACAGGAUGAUGUCACUAAAGAGUCGGAGAGCAGUGCAACGCGUUGAGGAAAAAGAAGUCCUGCAGUACUACCGUGACCCAAAACUGGAAAGCGAUUUGGUUGAUCUACAAAACACACUGCAUACAGAGGUCCUGAAGCGCAGCUCCACUCAGACUGAGAUUGAGGUCUUUAACAAGAAAAUCAGGGUCCUGGAAGACAACCUCAAAAACACUCCACCUAAACUCGUGACUAAAGAGGUAACACAAUUUGAGAGAGAUCCUCAGCUCGAUGUAGAGGCUGAUAAAAUAAAGAGUGAAAUGGCAAGGAUAAGAGAUGAAAUUCGAGUGAGGGAUGGGGAACACCUUCAGAUGCAGACAGAGAUAACAAUUCUCCAGCAGAAGAAACAACCUAUCAAAGAGAAAGUACUUAAGAAGGAAGUGGUGAAAGUGGAAAAGGAUCCUAACAUGCUGAGAGCAGUGCAAUCAUUUGAGACGGAAAUUUCAGAUGAGAGCAACAAGAGUAAGUUCCUCAAUGAUGAAAUCUUUCAGACAAGGAGCAUGAUCAAUGCACUCGAGAGACUGAUCCCAAACAUCCAGCCUCAGGUCAUCACUAAGGAAGUAAAAAAGAUUGAACAAGAUCCAGAGCUCAUCAAUGAAUCUAACAGGAUUCGGACAAGCAUUGAAGAGGAGCGGGCUGAAAAUAGCUCAUUGGCCAGAGAAGUGACAGAGCUCCACAGUCGGUACAGAGAAGUUCAAGACUAUAAACCAAGAAUUGAAGUGAAAGAAAUAGUCAGUGAGAUCUACCGCAUAGACCCAAACACAGAACUGGAAAUAAUGCGUCUAAGGAAAGACACUCAAGACAUCUCCAAGCAGCGCUCUGACUUGGAGAGGGAAAUCACUGGAGUCACAACUGACCUUAAUAUCCUUCGAGCUGAGAAGCCCAGGGUGGAGCUGAAGGAAGUUUUCCAAGAGGUGAUUAAGGAGGAAAGAAGCCCAGAAAAUGAGAGAGAGAUCCGGAGGCUAAGUGAUCAGGUGCAUCACUUACAAACCACUUACAGCUCUCUCCAGAACCAGGUGGCACUACUCAAGAAAGAGAGAGAUGAAUGGAAAGCAGAAAAGUCCAAGGUUCAGACCCAACUUGUCACAAGAGAAGUCAUAAAGUAUGAACCUGAUCCACUGUUGGAGAAAGAAGCUGACCGCUUGAGAAGGGAUGUGCGGGAUGAGGCACAACUGCGGCGCAACAUUGAAGAGAUGGUGUUUGACCUGAAAAAUAAAUACAUCAUCCUGGAGAGGCAGAAACCCGAGGAGAAAAUAGUUGUGCAGGAGGUUGUACGUUUACAGAAAGAUCCUAGGCAGUUAGUUGACCAUGACCGGCUCAGCAGGAGCCUUGAUGAAGAAAAACAGACCCGGCGUCAGCUAGAACUAGAACUGCAGCAGCUAAGAACUAUGUUGGAAGAAAAGGAGAGAAUCCUCAGAGAGAGUGAUGAGCGUCAAAAGAGAAUUCAAGCAGAGUCUGAAGUCAGAGAGAUUAGACUGCGCAUCACACAGCUGGAAAAUGCCCCACCUCCUGUUGAAGAAAGUAUCAUCGUUGAGGAGGUACUGAAGGUGGAGAGAGACCCAGUGCUGGACAGGAUGACAAAUGGUUUGCGGUCGAACAUGGACAGGGAAACCAGUGAUGUUCUGCGUCUUCAAAGAGAUAUCCGUAACAUCACUGUAAAGCUUGAGAUCCUACAGAAAGAAAAGUCUGGUGAGAAGACAGUGUACAAAGAGGUUGUUCGUGUUGAAAAAGACCAGGCUGUUGAGGCUGAGAGGGAUCGCCUGAGGGAACAGUUGUCUCAGCACAAGUUUGCCAGGCAGGACCUGGAGGAUGAAAUCAGACGUCUCAAUGAAAAAAUCAACAUCCUGAUCAGCACCAAGUCUAGCACUUCAAGAGAUGAGACCACCCUCAUUUCGAACAGAGAAGCCUUAGAAAGAGAGAAGGACAACCUCACCCGGGAGCUCAGGACACUCGAGACUAAGAGACAUGACAUCAGCCUGUCCUUCCAGCAGCAGAGCCGGCUAAUGAGUGAGAAAACACAGAUGAGCAGGCAGAGGAGCAUUAAGAUGGAGUCAGACAUCCAGCGUUUGGAGAGGGAGAUUCUGGAAGAAAAAGACAAGAUCCACAUGAGAGACAGCACCAUCCGAGAGCUUGUGCAGGACCUACAAAAAGAAGAGCAUGCCGAGACAAGAACCAAAGAGACAAACGUGUCAACUAAGAUCACCAUUCUGGAUCCAGAUACAGGCAAAGACAUGUCUCCUUAUGAUGCCUACCUGCAGGGCCUGAUUGAUCGCCAACAAUACAUUCAUCUGCAGGAGCUGGAGUGUGACUGGGAGGAAAUAACAUCCAUGGGACCUGAUGGGGAGGUGACUGUACUUCAAGACCGCAAGAGUGGCAAGCAAUACUCGAUCAAAGAUGCCCUGAAGGAGGGCAGACUGACAGAGUAUGACCUACAGCGGUAUAAAAAAGGCACACUCCCCAUCUCAGAGUUUGCCUUGUUGGUUGCAGGUGACAAGAACAAGAUCAACCCUUUGUUCCACUCAAUCAUCCCAAAGACCAACACAACAGUCAAAUCCCCCUCCACUGAACCAGAAAUAUAUCCAGUCGCCGGAGUUAUGGAUACAAAUACUGACACCUGCUACACAAUACGCAAUGCCACCACACGCAGACUGAUCGAUCCUAUCACCAGCCAAAGGCUUCUAGAGGCUCAGGCGGCCACAGGUGGCAUCAUUGAUAUCACCACCAAAGAGAGAUGCACAGUUCACAAGGCAGCAAACAGAGGCCUCAUUGAGGACAGUCAACUUCAGAGGCUACUGAAUGCUCAAAAGGCCUAUGUAGGAGUCGAAGAGCCCACCACCAGAGAGUGUCUGUCUGUGGGAGAAGCUGUCCAGAAGGGAUGGAUGCCAAAGGAAACAGCAAUGCGCUACAUGGAGGCGCAACACAUCACCGGGGGGCUGGUCAGUCCAACCACUGGCAGCAGAGUGAAUAUCUUCGACGCCCUUGGAAAGAAAAUGAUCGACAGCACGAUGAUGAGAGAACUUCAAGCUGAUUCAUACUACAACAAAGACAUCACAGACCCUCUCACAAAGGAGAAGAUCAACUACAAGCAAGCUCUGGAUCGCUGUAAGACAGACCCUGUGUCAGGCUUACCAAUGCUGCCUGCCUCCUCCAAAGAGUCUGGCUACAGCUCAACAUACAGUAGCAGAUACGCAAGAUUCUAGAUAUGUUUACAAAAUACUUGAGUUAACAGGCUUAUUGAGUGAUGUGCUAAAAAUGUACUUUUUGAUUUGGGAUCAAACUGUACAAAGAUCAAGAACAAAAGUGCGUAAAAUGUACAUUUUGACUCAGGAAAAGUCUCUACUGCAAAGUUUUCUGUCUAGCUAAAAUGAUUGCUGCUGAGUUGCUUUGUUUACUGAACAUGUCUAAUGCGGGCAGAUGUUUUUUUGAUUUUAUUUAAAAACAGACAAUAUAAAAAUGCACGUUAUCUUUGAUAUUAUUGUGCUAUAAGGGAUCCUGGGACACGGUGCAAUGCUAUUUACAAAGAUUGAUUUGAUUCUGUAUUACUCAUGGGCUAUCCUUGACACUUUUCACUUUGAAUCUUGUUUGAUACUUUAUGAAGAAAUUAAUAUCAAUAAAUUUAAAUUAUAUUGACA